AAAAGAACUAAUAGAUCACUUGAAAGUGAAAAAAUUACAAUUUUGAAAGUGUGUUUUAGUUUUUGAAAUUAACUACAAAAAUUUCACACUUUAAAGUCAUUCAACUGCAGAGGGUGUACCUGUAAAAUUAUUAUAUAAUAGUGAAAGAGGAAUUAAAAGAUUUAACAAAAGUGUUGACGGAGGAAGUGUCAAAAUGUCCAGUUAUCGCCCACGACGAACUCGCAUUUAUGGUGCCAACUACGAUAUCGGCGAAAGCUCUUACAAAAAAUUGCUGGAAAGUUUAGAUAGUAAAAGAGGAAUCAGCAGGAGCACAGACAUCCACGUUCCUUUAGCACGUGAAACGAGUUUGCCACCAAAAGUGACAUUUUCCCAGGAUGAAGACGAUUUUGACCGUGAGAAAUAUAGAGCCUCACUAAGAGCCAAACUGCAUUUGGACGAUGACGAUGCCGAUGUUUUUGGCUCCACACUCAAACAAUCGAAGCAGCGACUUUUGGCUAGAAAUAGAUUCUUAGAAGAUGAAGAUGAGGAUAUUUUAGGUUCCACCUACAAGCCAUUGAAAUUCAAAGGUUUAGACGAGUCUGCUGUAGAAUCUUCGUUGAAAUCCUCAUUGAAAUUCAGAGCUUCUGCAGAACCAUUCGAAUCGUCUUUCAAAUCACUGAAAUUGAAUGGAUCCGAUGAGCCAGCAUUCGGUGAGAGCAUAAAACAUAAAGCACUGAAAGCGAGGUCUAUCUUGAAUGACACGGAUGAUCAGGAGGCUAGCACAUUCUCCUCAAGACGUAUAAAGAUUAGAAGUGAAAAUGUCAUAAUGGGUGAUACCAGUACCACAACUGAAGCUUCUUCACGCAUGAAAGCAACCAAAGCUCGCCUCGCUGACCUCGACGCGGAAAUGUCUUCGAUAAAUCAAAAACAAAGCGAACGGGAAAAGCGUAAACAUAAUUUAAGAAAAUUAUUAAAUGAAAGCGAAUCUGAUACCUUUAAGGCCAUAGAAAUGUAAUUGUUGUAAUGUUGUGUUAUAUGAGUACGUACUAAAAAAAAAAUAAUUGUGGAAAAUAAAGUGUUUAAGUAAAUGUUAAAAAGAUACCUAUAACGAGGAAAGAAAAAUAAAAA